AAGAGCUCGUAUAAGAAAAGAUAACUCCCAUAUAUCAACUACUUGGGAAUAGCUCGUCGUUGACGCUUUAAUAACUAUCGGAGAAAUAUUGCUGCUAAUAGAAUACUUUAUCGAUAUUUUUCAUCAUCGAUAGGAUGGACGACGUUCUUCCUUCGAGUUUUGAUGCUAUAGUGAUUGGAACUGGUCUAUCAGAAAGUAUCGUUGCUUCGGCUUUAUCACGAAUUGGCAAAACAGUCUUACACAUAGACAGGAACGCUUAUUAUGGCAGCCGAUGGGCAUCAUUCAGCUUGCGUAACCUCCAAACAUGGAUAUCAACACUGAAAGAAAAGGAACAGUUAAAACUGCAAAACACGUCUUGUGACAUGCCUGAUUCUUCCGUUGAUAUCAACCCUCAUCUUCAAGAAGGAGAAUCGUUUAUACUCCUCUCGCCCCAUGAUGAAGGCUUUUCUAAUAUCCAAAUGUCCUAUCAUCACAUAUCUACAAACACCACCGACGAACGUGAUGCCUCAAAUAAUACUACAAGUAAUGUAAUCAAAACUGAACAGGAUCAAUCACCCUGUGAUAUUCAUGAAGAACGAUCGGAAGCGAAUGAUGGUAUAAAUAAAGUGGAUGAAGACACUGGAGAGGUAGAGGAAACCGAAAAUAAGAAAGAGACGUCUGAAAAUAAGAAAGAGACGUCUGAAAAUAAGAAAGAGACGUCUGAAAAUAAGGAAGAGACGUCUGAAAAUAAGCAACUUGAUUCUAAUUCCGUCAUGGAAGCUACUACAGACAGUGCAGAAGAACUUAAGGAAAUUGAAGUAUAUAUCACAUCAGAAAAGACGUCAGAAAAUGUGACCAAUAACAAGGUUACUGAAAAAUGGACUGUUAAAAAGUUUGAGGACCAAUGGAGACGUUUUAAUUUUGAUACAGCUCCCAAAGUAUUAUUUUGUAAUGGUGACAUGGUUCAUCUCUUGAUUCAGUCUGAUAUUUCUCGUUAUUGUGAAUUCAAACUUGUGUCACGUAUUCUAACUAUUUUUCAGAAUGAAUUAAAAAAAGUUCCCUGUUCUCGGGCUCAUAUUUUCAACUCCAGAGAAGUAUCAAUGCUUGAGAAACGAAUAAUGAUGAAAUUUGUAAAAGCCUGCUUAGAAAAUAGUCCUGAUGAAGCCAUGAAAGAAUUUUAUGAUCGUCCUUUUUCAGCAUAUUUAGAAGAAAAGUUUUCUCCAAUUGCAAGACAUUAUAUUUACCAUGGAAUUGCAAUGGCACAAAAAUCUACCACAACUAAAGAAGGGAUUGCUUUAGCUCAGAAGUUUUUUUCAUCAGUUGGGCAGUAUGGAGACAUUCCUUUUAUAACAUCUAUUUAUGGGGUUGGAGAACUUCCACAGGCUUUUAGUCGUAUGUGUGCUGUAUGGGGUGGAAUUUAUUGUUUAAAUUUAUCAGUUAAAGCAAUAGUUAUUCAUGAAGGAAAAGCAAAAGCUGUUAUCACUUCUGAUGGUAAACGAAUUGAAUGUGAAUGGCUUAUAGUAGAACCGAGUUACAUUCCAGAUGAUAUUAUUGAGUCCAUGGAGACCCAAAUAGUGAAUAGAGCCAUAUUAGUUACUGACCAAACUUUACUACAAUCACCUAAAGAAGAACUGUCACUGCUGAAUAUUUACCCACCAGAGGAUACUUCAAGACCUGUAGUGAUGCUUGAAUAUCCACCAUCUGCUAUGGUUUGUCCUACAGGUUUAUGUCUUAUCCACUUCACUAGACAAGGCGAAGCUGAUCCCAAAACUGAACUUGAUUAUGCUUGUAAAUAUUUGUUCAAUUUUGAACCUAUUGAUGAAGAUAAGAAAGAUACAGAGAGUGCUGAAGGUGACACCCAACAAAGCAAUGACGCUCGACCGAAUGUCUUAUGGUCACUUUUUUUCCAGGUAAAGAGCAAACGCAAUGUCAAACUUCAACAGUCCCUACCCAAUAAUAUUUUAGUGACCUCACAACCAGGAUCUGAAAUAGACUUGGAUUUCUAUCCAGGAGAAGCUAAACACAUAUUUGAAACAAUGUAUCCUGGUGAAGAAUUUCAUCCAAAAUGUCCCCAUCCAGAAGACAUUAUUUAUUGUUCUGAAGAAGACAAAAGCACUGCUAGUGAGAAUGAUACUUAUAAAAAUGAAAGUGAUAGUAAUACAACAAUCUCAGAGUCUCUUUACCCCAAUACAACAAGCAGUUCUACAAUUGUUUCUGAUUCAGAUACUCUUACUACAAUUGACAGUUUAUCUGACAUGAAACUGGAUGAUUGAAAAGUCUUUAGAGUUAAGGAAAAGCUACAUUAAUUUAAUCAAUUUAACUACUUCAGAAUGUUUAUGUCCGCAACCAACCAAAACUCAAUCAGCAUCUUAUGAGUCUUUGUUAUUUUAAGAAAAUUUUCUCAAGAAGUUUACAGCCAAUGAAAUAAUGGCUUCACCAUUCGUGUUUCUAUUCUCUAUGCUAAAAUUUAAUCAGUAUAUUCUUCAAUUACCUUAAGACACGUGUAUUUGUGUUUGUAUGUGUGUUUGUGUGAGUGUAUAGAAGUUGAACAGAGAAUUAUACUGAGUAAAACCUGUAAGAAAUAGAAGCAUGAAAGAAUAGGUGGAAGCCUUCAAAUACUUUACAAUAACUCAUCUCAAAAGUAUGGAUAUUAACUAAAACCUCGUAUGUGAUAUUUUACCCUUUGCCAGCUUAAACUAAUUAGUCUUCAACUUUGUUGAUAAAAGUAUGAUGUAUACUUUUUCUGUCUUCUGUUCUAAAUUUUAUAACUGUGAUUAUUGUGAUAAAGAAAACUUAAAUACAUUUUAGGUGAUAACAUAGUCCUGUUAUUAUCAUUGAUGUCCUCAUUAUUUGUUUAUCAUUCUGUAAAAAUUACUUAAGUCUUCAUUUUAAUUCUUUCAAUUUUUCCCUACUAUUUAUCCUGAUAUAAAUGCUAUUUUGAGGUAAUGGAUUUAAUAUUGACAUUUAAAACUAUUCUGAAUAGAAAUCAAAACAUUGCCUAUUCAUUUAAUAAAAUCUUGUUGUAAUUAUUCUGUGUCCAUUUUUUUUCAAUUUCUUAAAGUGUAUCAAACACCAUUGAGCAAGAUAUAAACUGGAAUUACAAUAUAAUUUA